CGAAAUUAGCUCUAUCCAAUCAGUUCUAGUUUCAUAGUCAGAAAUCGAGAUAUAUCGUCGACUUAGUGAUUGUGAACCAUGAAGCCACUUUAUGUACUUUUUGGAGUCCUACUCCUCACUACUUUUACGGUUGCGAAGCUGGACAUCCGCAACCGAUUUGGUAUUACACCGAUCGUGGAAAAACUCCAAGAGGCGCAUGAUCGAUUGCACGAUAACAUCUUCGGGGAAAAAGUAGUGGAUUCACCAGCUGCCAGUGAAACAGCGGACAACUCUGACGGGGUUGACACCCCCGAUGCCUCUGAAGAUGCACAACCCGAGUCUGAGGUAUCCACUGACGAUGAGCAACCAGAGUCUGAUGCCCCCACUGACGAUGCACCUGAAACACCUGCUGGUGACAACGAAGAAUCUGAGCCUCAGGUCGACAUCCCUAAUCGAUCUGGGAUUGCACCCAUCUUGGAAAAAUUGCAAGAGUCCAAAAAUAAAGUAGCAGAGAACGUGGGCAAAUUGCAAGAGGCGGGCCAAAAGCUUCAGGAUGAUAUCGUGGAAAAAUUGCGAGCAGCGCGUCAAAAACUUGAAGAUGGCAUCUUGGAAAAAUUGGAAAAGAUCCGUCAAAGACUGCACGACGAAACCGCUGAACCUAAAGUUCAACCGAUAGUCGAAAAAUUGCAAGAGGCUCGCCAGAAACUUGAAGAUGACAUCUUGGAAAAAUUGUUAGAGACGCGCCAAAAAUUGGCCGAUGCUACUGCCGAAAGUAAAGUAGCCGCGAACCUGGAGAAAUUGCGAGAGGCACGCCAAAAACUUGAAGAUGACAUCCUGGAAAAACUGCAAGAGGCGCGUCAAAAACUUCACGAUGGUACCGCCGAAAAUAAAGUAGCACCGAUCGUGGAAAAAUUGCAAGAAGCCCGUCAAAAACUUGAAAAUGACAUCGCGGAAAAAUUGCAAGAGAUACGCCAAAGACUGCAGGAUGAAAUCGAGGAAAAUAAAGAAGAACCGAACUUAGGAAAAUUGCAAGAAGAGCUUCAAAAACUUUUAGAUGAUAUCUUGGAAAGUAAAGUGGCACCGAUCUUGGAAAAAUUACGAAAGACGCGUCAAAAACUACAUGAUGCAAUCUUCGGAAAUAAAGAAGUUGAUGCCGUUGAUGGCUCCGAUGCACAACCCGACUCUGAUGUAUAUACCGACGAUGGACAAGCCGAAUCUGAUGUCCCUGCUGAAGACGCGCCUGAAAUACCGGCUGAUGAAAAUAGCGCUGAAGAUGAAUCACCAGCACCAGAAGAAUCUGAACCCGAAUCUCCGGUAGAGUCGAAUGCCUCUGAUAACUCCGACGCCUCUAACGAUGCACAAACCGAUUCCGAUGUAUCUGCUGACAAUGGACAACCGGAGGCUGAUGCCGCUGCUGACGAUGCACCUGAAACACUUAUUGAUGACAACAAUGCCGAUGGAGAAUCUCCAGCACCAGUCGAAUCUGAACCCGAAUCUCCAGCAGAUUCUAACGACCCUGACGUUUCUGACGCAUCCGAUGCCUCUGACGGUUCUGACGCCUCUAACGACGCACAAGCCGACUCUGAUGCACCUGCUAACGACGGGCAAUCGGAAGCUGCUGUACCUGCUGAAGACGCACCUGAAACACCUGCUGAUGACAAUAAUGCCGAGGAAGAAUCACCAGCACCAGUUGAAUCUGAACCUGAAUCUCCAGUAGAGUCGAUCGACUCUGACGCCCCCGAUGCCUCCGACGAUGCACAAGCUGAUUCUGAUGCAUCUACUGACGAUUCACAACAAGUGCCUGAUGCCGCUGUUAACGACGAGCCUGAGAAACCUGCUGAAGACAACGAUGCCGACGAAGCAUCACCAGUUCCAAGCGAAUCUGAACCUUCCGAUGCACAAUCCGACUCGGAAGUAUCUACUGAUGAUGGACAACCGGAGUCUGAUGGCGCUGCUGACGAAACACCUGCAGUUCCUGACACACCUGCCGAUGGCAACGACGCUGAGGAAGCAUCACCAGCACCAGGUGAAUCUGAACCUGAAUCCCCGGCAGGAGAAGCUGAUCCAUCUGAGGAAACUGGAAAUCAACCUGAUAAACCAGCUCAUAAACAUCAGCGUGGAUGGCGCCGCGGAGGACGCCGUUGGGGCAGACGAGGAGAUCGCCGUUGGGGCAGACGAGCAGGUCGUCUUUGGGGUAGACGAGGAGGCCGCCGUUGGAGCCCUCGGUUAAUUCGUUCUUGGCAGGCACGUGUACCGGGCAGUCAACAAUCUAAGAAGCCGAGCAUCAGGAAUUUAGCCUUGAAAGCUCUUAAGGCAAGGCAAGCAAGAUUGGGUCGUGCCAUAAAUAUACUUGAACGUCGAAAUUAACACGAUUAAUUACGACGAAAUAAAUAAUCAUUAUUUAUCAGCA